UCCGAUGUGGCCGCCCCUUUCUCUCUCUUUCUCUUUCCCUCUCCAUAAACACGAAACUUUCCUCGGAGGUUUCGAGCACCCAAUAGAAAGUUUUUGGUGAAAUUCAAAAUCCACUUCGAAGGAACCAAAAUAUAAAUGAAUGAAAGGAAAGAAGCGGUAAGUGUUGCGGAAUUUCGUGGUGUCUCUGCCUUUAGCGGAGGCGAUGGCGGCGACGAAGGAUCGCGGUAAGAAACAGCGCGAAGUCGUUUCGUGGAGCAGGUUCUUCUGGUGCACUCUUUUCGUCGUCCUCUCCUGCGUCCUCUUUACCGGUUUCACCUUCUCCACCUUUCGCAUCAUCUUCGGAGAGACGUUUCGGCCAGUGGUGGUCUUAAAAUGGCGAGCUCCGGCCAUGGAGUCAAUAUCCGGGGACUCUCCGGUGACGCCGUCGAUCUCAGUUCGAGAAACGGUUAUGCUUCCAGAUCAGGCUCUUGUUUUCCUAAACUACCCUCCUUCGGGUCGCUUAUUUACCAAAGAGGAACUCGACUGCGUUUAUUUAUCUGCCAAUCCGUCGUGGCAAGAGUUCAGGAAGCCUCCGGUUGGUGUGGACGGCGACGACGAUUACCAGAUCGUGCGGUGCGCGCUUCCGCCACGUGGCUUCACCGUCUCGCUUGCGUUGAAAUCGCACGGCCACAUACCAGCUGGGCCCCAUACACACAGGUGGGACUCGCUCGUCUACGAAGCUGUAAUCGACAGGGACAACACCACGAUUGUGUUCGUGAAGGGCCUCAAUCUACGGCCCGAGAGGUUCUCUGACGCUUCCAGAUACGAGUGCGUUUACGGCUGGGAUUUUAAGAGACCGAAGUUUCUGCUGAGGUCCGACGCCGUAUCGGUCGCCCAGGAGAUCGUACGGUGCAAAACCCCUCUUAGUGUUUUGAGCGGUAGCCCUCGUAGGACGAUGAACAAUUCAGUUAAGGUCUCAGUUAGAGUGAGAGGUAGAGGAAUAUUUGACUCUAUAGCCCAGUCGGUUCCGGGUUUGGGUCCGGGGCUCCGACCAAAACAUGAUCCGCCUGCCCGAAAAGAGCACGAGAUAUGUGUAUGCACCAUGCUGCGCAAUCAGGCACGGUUCUUAAAAGAAUGGGUCAUGUACCAUGCCCAUAUUGGGGUACAACGUUGGUUUAUCUAUGACAAUAAUAGUGAUGACAAUAUUGAAAAUGUGAUCGAUGAUGUGAUGACCUUGUUAUCCAAGGCCAAUGCUAAUUACAAUAUUACGCGGCACGUGUGGCCGUGGAUCAAGACGCAGGAAGCCGGGUUCGCCCAUUGUGCCCUACGUGCACGGGACACGUGCGAGUGGGUUGGUUUUAUUGAUGUGGAUGAGUUCUUUUAUUUGCCAUCAGGCUUGCUACAUGAUGUAUUACAAAAUCAAUCUAGGUAUAGCAAUGUUGGUGAGGUGCGUGUGUCGUGCUACAGUUAUGGGCCAUCGGGUCUCAAACAUGUCCCGCCGCAAGGGGUGACGGUUGGAUACACGUGCCGAUUGGCUGCCUCGGAGAGGCACAAGAGUAUAGUGAAGCCUGAGGCAUUGAAUUCCACAUUGAUUAAUGUGGUGCACCAUUUUCAUUUGAGGGAUGGUUUUGAGUAUGUGAACGUGGACAAGGGAGUGCUGGUUAUUAAUCACUAUAAGUACCAAGUGUGGGAAGUGUUCAAGGAGAAAUUCUACAGGAGAGUGGCUACUUAUGUGGCUGAUUGGCAGGAUGACCAAAAUGUAGGGUCUAAGGAUCGAGCCCCUGGCUUGGGAACUAGAGCUGUUGAGCCCCCAGAUUGGUCGAGCCGGUUUUGUGAGGUCACGGACACUGGCCUCCGUGAUCAGGUGUUGAAGAGCUUUGCAGACCCCAAGACCCAGAUUUUGCCUUGGCAUGAUGUAGAUGAGCAAAACAAGAGAGAAAAAAUGGUGAGCGAAGAACCAAAACAAAGUCCAAAAGACUCAAAAAACCCAGUUGAACAUGGGCAAAACGUGGACGGUAUAUUCAGCCCCAGAUUCAAAUCCGUGGCCGCCAUGGCCGGUUGGGAUGAAGAGGCUCUUUUGCUUGCCAGCCUUGUCGUAGAAGACACGCCCGAUCGAGAGUCUAAGUCCAAGAGACGCUCUGAUUUGCAGUUCAAGACCCCACCCACCAAUUCAAGAAGAAAACGCAGGGCUCAGAGAAGGAGUCCAAUUUCAAUCCCAAUAGUUGUUCUUGAUCUAGAUGAAGCAGAAAAUGCAAGUAAAGAGAAUGGGAAAAAGAAGUCAGAAAAUAAAACUUCUGUGAGUGAUGAAAAGAAAAUCCAACCAAAUGAGUCACCAAAACAGAACUCUCGUGUUUCUUGCUCAAGUUCAGCUCUUCCUUGCAUGGAUAGGCUUAGAGAAGAGCUAUCUUGCGCAAUUUGUUUGGAGAUUUGCUUCGAACCUAGUACUACUCCUUGUGGACACAGCUUUUGUAAGAAAUGUUUGAGGUCUGCCGCGGACAAAUGUGGAAAAAAGUGCCCCAAGUGCAGACAACUAAUAAGCAAUGGAAGAUCUUGUACCGUGAACACAGUUCUGUGGAACACAAUACAGCUUCUCUUUCCACAAGAGGUAGAAGCAAGGAAGGCAGCCGGUGCCUUGAACUGCCGAGAAGCUGCCGGAUGUCAAAUCCCAGAAACAGCCUUUUACGAUAGUCUGAGGAAUCGAAGUGGGAGAGCAUCUGGUAUAUCAAGUAGAGAUACAGGCGUGAGAAGAAGACAAGAUGAGGAUGCUGCUCAAAGGCCACAGAGAGCAUCUGGGGUUUCAAGUAGAGAUGCAAGGGAGAGAAGAAGAAGAGGGGUGCCGAGCCAAGAUGAGGAUGCUGCAUUAGCUCUAAGAUUGCAGAGAGACGAGUUCAUGGAGGGUUUUAGGGGAACCAAUGAGCAAUAUAGCAGCUCCCUUUCCUUAGCCAGAGCAAACUUGAGAGCAAUGGCAACUAGAGCCGUUAAUCUUCGUAAUAGAGGCCGCCAUAUGUAGUCUUGUCAAGUUAACUUUGGAGAUUGUUCCACAAAUUGUGCAUUUUUUUUUUUAGAUAUAUAUGAAUGAUAGGAUGUCAAAAUUAUUACUCAAUCCUAUUGAGUGGUGAAUGUGGUUACAAGUGUAGCUUCUUCUUCUCUUUCUUUCUUUCUUUGUUUAUUUAUUUAUUAUUAUAAAUGUGUCACAAGCUUUUAGGUUC